AUGCCACAGUCUAUCCUUGACCAACUUGACCCCGAGUACCGGGCCUUCAUCCUGUCCACUGACACCCCUGAAUCACCCUGCUUGAAUGAACUUCAAUGGUCUCCCGCCCUCAGGCAAAUGGGCUCGACGGCUGAUUCUGGGAGUCGUAAGCCCAUGGACGUUGGUUCGAAACAUACAAUCCAGAAGACAAACUACUCUGUCGAUAUAACGACGCCUUCGGGUGAGAUACCUAGCCGAGGUUGGCCUGUAGUGCUUUACGCACACCGAGGUGGAUGGGUCUUUGGUAAUGCAGCAGCAGAGGACAGCAUGCUAAGCAAACUAUGUGUUGAGGCUGAGUGCGUGAUCGCCUCUGUCGACUAUCGAUUGGCUCCCGAACACCCUUUUCCUUCAGGAUUGGAUGACUUAUGGGACGCCUUGGUCUGGUUAUCAAAAGAAGGUGAACGUGAACUCGGAAUAGAUCCUACAAAAAUCGCUAUUGCAGGAGGCUCCGCAGGGGGAAAUCUCGCCGCAGCAGUGGCUCAACGUGCAUCUCUCUCUUCUCCCCCGAUCCCCCUAGUCUACCAAGCACUCAUCACCCCAGUUAUUGACGCAUCCUUCUCAUCUGACGAUCGAUCACGAUGGACGCCCUCCAUGAUUCAAUAUGAACAUAACUGGGACCCUACGGUGCUGGAGAUGCUUUGGUUUCGUGAUCUGUACCUCCCCAGCGUAGAUGACCGAUACAAACCCGAUGCCUCUCCAUGUCUACAAGAAAACAAGUCGGCAUUUGAGAACAUGCCUCCGACUUGGAUCUCAGUUGCCGAGCUUGACACGCUUCGUAGCGAAGGAGAGAUGUAUGCGGAGAAGCUACAGGCUCAUGGGGUGCCUGUUACGUUAACGGUUCUAAGAGGACUUCCGCAUGCUGGGAUCAAGGCUGAUAGGGUAUGCAAACAGGUACGCAAGCAUCACAAGGAGCUCGCAGCGGCUCUUCGGAAAGCAUUUUCUUGA